AUGGCGCAACGUCCAGAGGCCUCGCCUGGAACAGUUCCCGAUCCCUCUAUUGAGCUGUCAGUAACUCAGGAAGCUCCUGUAAAUGCACCACAAUCCAGGGAGCCUCUGCAACAUCCCGAACCAGUUCCUCUUGAGGGGGAUAUUGAGAUGGGAAUCGGGAUCACUGAGAUCAGCCCUGGUGGAAGGCCCCCUUACUGCGGCUUGUUCAGCUCUGAGGGCGCAGGUGAUCUUUCUACUUCUGAGGUGGGGUCACCAAUCAGCGCAGAGCGCCUGCAGCGAGGUCUCAGCUCAUGCUUGUGUGGGGAGGGGGUGACUAAUGAGAGCCGCCUUGGAAGGCUUCCAUUGCGCACCACCGUCGGGGAGGUGGAUGUGCUGGCGGUGCUUCCCGGUGUUGACAAGAUCGAAGAGAGGCAGCCCUUGAUCAGGAACAUCUCCUCCAAUGCAUCAAGGUACAAGGACCUUGCACUAAACCAGAUUGCACAGAGCUUUGGCAGUCCCGACGGAGGCAACUACCCGUGGCACUGGCACCUGAAGCGGAUCCUUUUCAACCUCUUCCCCUGCUUCUCUUGGCUGGCCUCUUAUGACGUGCGCAAGCACCUGCGCGAUGACAUCAUCGCUGGCAUCACCGUGGGGGUCAUGCUUGUUCCUCAGGCCAUGUCGUACGCCAAGCUGGCAGGCCUCUCCCCCGUGUACGGCCUCUACACGGGCCUCAUGCCCGUCUUCGUGUACGGCCUUUUCGGCAGCUCCCGCCAGCUGGCAGUCGGCCCGGUCGCCAUCGUGUCCCAGCUGGUGCACUCGGGGCUGCUCAGCAUGGUGGAGCCCGGCAAGGGGGCGACCGCCGCGGACAGGGCCGCCCUGCAGGCGCAGUACACAGGCCUCGCCAUCACGCUGUCGCUUUUUGUCGGCCUCGUGGAGUGUAUCUUGGGCCUCCUUCGCCUCGGCUGGCUCAUCCGCUUCGUCAGCCACAGCGUCAUCUCCGGGUUUACCUCCGGGGCUGCCACCACCAUCGCCCUUUCUCAGGUCAAGUAUUUCCUGGGUUACAGCAUCACGAGCAGCAACCAGCUAGUGCCGGUCGUCCAGACCAUCUUCGCUAGAAUCGACCAGUUCAAGUGGGAGCCCUUCCUCAUGGGCGUCGUCAUGCUCGGGAUUAUCGUUGGGAUGCGCUCCGCGGGCGACCGAUCGCCGCGGCUUCGGUGGUGCCGCGUCGCCGGACCGCUGAUCACGGUGGUUGCGGGCACCGUAUUUAUGAGCUUCGUCAAGACGAAAGCGAUCUCGACGGUCGGUCCCAUCCCUAAAGGCUUUCCUCCCGCCUCAACGUCCCACUUCCAGACAAACGGCCACUUCAGCCAGCUAUUUUUGACGUCCCUGAUGGUGACAGGUGUCGGCAUCCUGGAGACGGUUGGAAUUGCCAAAGCUCUGGCGUCCAAAAAUGGCUACGAGAUCAACACGAACCAGGAGCUCUUUGGGCUGGGCGUCGCAAACCUGGUCGGCUCAGUGUUCUCGGCAUAUCCGGCCACCGGGUCCUUCUCGCGCUCCGCGGUCAGCAAUGAGAUGGGCGCCAAGACCUGCAUGUCGGGCCUCAUCACUGGCCUCCUCAUCCUGUGCACGCUGCUCUUCCUCACGCCUCUUUUCAAAAAUCUCCCCAACGCGGUGCUUGGCGCGGUUGUGAUCGCCGCCUGCAUCCGGCUCUUCGAUCAUAAGGAGGCCAUCCACUUGUUCAAAACCAACCCCCGCGACUUUCUGCUUUGGCUAGCGGCCUGCCUUGGGACGAUCUUCCUGGGCAUCGAAGUCGGGGUCGCUAUCGCGGUCGGACUCUCCCUGGUAUUCGUCAUCUACGAGUCAGCGAACCCGCACAUGGCGAUCCUGGGGCGCCUCCCGGGCACUGCAGUGUACCGGAACAUCAGGCAGUACCCGGAUGCGAUUACCUAUCCUGGCAUUCUGAUCAUCCGCAUCGACGCCCCCAUGUACUACGCUAACGUCAGCUUCAUCAAGGACCACCUGCGCGCGCACAUGCUGCGCAGCGUGCUGGUUCACUCGGGCAGCGUCCAGGACCCGGAGGCGGCUGCGGCCGCCGCCGACUGGCCGCUCCCGGGCGCGCAGAAGGCGGCCGCGGGGAACGCGGCAGACGUGCGCUACGUCAUUCUCGACAUGAGCCCGGUCACGUAUGUAGAUUCGACGGCGAUCUACGCGCUAAGGGACCUUCACACCGAGUUUGGCGAGCAGGGCGUGCAGCUGGUGCUGUCCAACGCCAAUAAGCGCGUCAUGGUGUCGCUCGCGCGCGGGGGGCUGCUCGAGCUGCUGGGGCCGGAGCGGCACUUUGUGCGCGCGCACGACGCCGUACAGGUCUGCCUUGCCCGUCUCAAGGGCGAGUCGGAGCGGAGGCAGAGCUUUGAUCUGAAGGAUCUGCCCCUUGCGGCACCUGAAUUAUCCCCCAGUACCGACGGGGAAACCGAUGGAGAAUGUCAGGACAUAAGUAAGGACCGCUUUGAAGUUACGACGCCUUGA